CGCAUUUCAGAAUCUUCAGUCGCCAUUUUUUCUUGCUGCUGCGGUGGUGAUAUGCUGGUUCCUGCGAAGAAAUGAAGAAAUCAAAGUCAGCUUUUCAAGACAGCCCCAAGACUCUUCGCAACUUGUGUUCAAAUGUGAGGCUGUUGUCAGGUGAUGAAUGCAAGGAAGAGGCACUCAACUGACAUGAAACAUGUCAAAGACAACAUGAAGGUGACAUUUCAACAUAGGCAAAAAGUGGUUCAAGAACCUGCCACAGCUUCUACUGUCCUGGACCAUUUCCCAAGAUUUCUGGAUACACCUGGCUUGAUUGACCAAGACUUCACAAUGCUGUUUGCUGGGGAGGGAGUGUCUGCUAAGUUCCUUGCAAAGUGGCCAACCAAGCCAAGGAUCAUCAGAGAUUGCAAAAAUCUGUGUCAGAGUACAGAAUUGGAUGAGCUGCUCAUUUCUGCACAGCGUUACUCUGACGAGGGUGGUAAGUUUUGGGACUGCGAGGCGGCUGCCAGCUUUUGCUGCUUCACUUGUUACCUCCAACAUCUAAGGGAGGGAAGUCUUCAAAGAUUAGCACAUCAGAUGCUGCUCAUCACCUAAUGAAAUUCAUCAAGGUGGGAGGUAGCACGGAGACUUUUCUUAAGGCUGGCCAUUCGUCCUGUGUGUUGGAGAAAGAAAGAACAUCAUCCAGAGUUUCUACAUUGUCCUAGAUCAAAAGGUCAUUCCCUGUGUGACACAGAUGGGAGUUGCAGGUUUUGACAAGGCAAAACAUCUCAAGGCACAUUUUUUAUUUGCCGUGUCCUUUGACAAGCCAUUGGACAACUUCUACACAUUCAUCCAGACCACCGUGUAUGGCAUUGAUGUUGGCAGCGUGAAGGAGAGUCCUCGGGUCAGGGAAACAAGAGGAAAUCUUCAUUGUACAGUUUAAAGAUAUCCACUAUUCAGCACUUUGACUGGAAAUGUUCAUCUGUUACAUUUGCAAGAUACACCACACAAGUUGCUCAGUGUUAUUUAGACAUUUGAAGUUCCAGCAUGGUUUGUACCCAGGAAGGUUUUUACGUUUGACCUGUGGAGAGCCUGGAUGUUCAUUUAUCUUUCACACGUACUCUGGUUACAAGCGGCACUUAUUCCGAGCACAUGGAGACUGUCUUCACUCUGAGGUCAUCAAUAAUUUUGAGCCUGUACCUAACGAUGGAACCUCUGUUUCACAGCCUGUAAAUGUGGCUCAUCCCAUGACAAUUACUACACAGGUUCCAGUUGAAAAAAGGCAAAUACUAAACAUGUGCAGCUCUGUUAUUGCUCAGGUACAAUCAUUAGGAGUUCCUGAAAGUACUGUGCAGUGUUUAGUUGGUUCAUUGGAGGAAUUGGUUAGUGACAUCCAUGCACAUGCAAAACAAUCUGUUGUUGUCAACUGAUACAUCAAGAGAAACCUUAGAAAAAGUGGAGGAUUGCUUUGAUCAGCUUGAAAAUCCAUUUUCAUGUCUUAACACAGAAUCUAAAAGGAUAAGACAUUUUGAGCAAAAAUGGAAAAUAGUUGAACCCAUAGAGCAUGUUCUUGGUGUGCGUUUUGAUUUAGAACAACAGGGACAUACAGGCAAGUUCCUGUAAAUGAUAAAUUCAUGUACGUUCCUAUCAUGGGAUCCCUUUCAUCUAUGUUUCGAAACAGUGAACUUUGUAGCAGUUUCCAAAAAACAAAACCAAACAUGGAGGGAUUUAACAGAGAUUUAAAUGAUGGCUCCUACUUCAAAAAUCACAGCUUAUUCUCACAACAAGAACAUGCUCUCCAGAUCCAGCUCUACUAUGAUGAUUUUGAAACUGCUAAUCCUUUAGGCUCAAAAAAGGGGGUGCACAAACUUGGUUGUAUUUUUUUUGUUUUGAGAAAUUUGCCACCAAAGUUAAAUUCUGUGUUGAUGAACAUUCGUCUUGUAGCCCUUUUUCAUUCAGAAGACUUAAAAAAAUAUGGGUUUGAUCCUAUCCUAAAGCCACUUGUUGAUGAUCUAAAGAUUUUAGAGACUGAAGGAAUGCAAGUGCCCUUUUCAGCCACACCUGUGAGAGGUUCGCUUUUUCAGAUUACAGGUGACAACUUGGCUUUACAUAGCAUUUUUGGUUUUGUUGAAUCAUUUAGUGCAAACUAUUGUUGUCGAUUUUGUUUAACUGAUAAGACAGAGUUGCAGUCAGUUUUUAGUGAAGAUCAUGUAGGCUUAACCCUGCGUUCCAAAGAACUUCAUGACAAACACUGUGGUGCCAUUGAACAAAAUCCUGCUUUGGCCUCAACAUUUGGUGUAAAAAGAAAUUGUCUACUCAAUUCACUUCGGCUUUUCCAUAUUUCAGACAACUAUGCUGUAGACAUAAUGCAUGAUCUACUAGAGGGAGUGGUGCAGUAUGAGUUAAAGCUUGUGUUUCAGUACUUGAUUAAGACCUCUUUGAUAUCCUUGAAUUCAUUGUCACAGAGAAUUAUAAGCUUUAACUAUGGAUAUGCACAGAGAAGGAACAAGCCAGGUGGGCUAAAACUGGAUGACAAUAACAAAGAUCUUGGGCUUAAUGCUGUGCAGUCAUGGUGUCUUUUGCGGAAUAGCCCAUUGAUUUUUGGAGAUAUCGUUUGCAGAAAUGAUGGCCAUUGGAACUUGCUACUUUUGUUAGUUCAAAUUGUGAACAUUGUUUUUUCACCCAUUAUAACUCACGGCAUGACUUGCUAUUUGAAACAUCUGACUGCCGAUCAUCACAAGGCUUUCAAAUCUCUCUUUCCAGAACGGAAUUUGAUUCCAAAGCACCACCUAAUGAUCCAUUACCCAUGCUGCAUUAGAAAAAUUGGGCCACUCAUACAUAUGUGGUGCAUGAGAUUUGAAGCAAAGCACAAGUUCUUCAAAAGAUCUGUAAAGAACUUUAAAAAUAUCACAAAAAAACAUCAGAAUCAAUUAGCCUUUCAAUUUGAAAAUUUUUAUUUUAAAAGAUUACAGUUUGGCUCCAUUAAUGAAGUCUUGGGCAGCAGUUUAAAAGGCAGUGAAGCACUAAAUAAAAUGUUUGACGUUUCUUCUAGUGUUUCUACAACUUCCUGGGUCAAAAGUUAUGGUACAGAAUAUCAAGUUGAGAUGUAUGUUUGUUCUGGUGUUGAAAAUGAGAUGCCUUUGUUCAGUAAGAUUGUCAAUAUAAUUGUUAGAAGAAAAGCAUUGCAAUCUCUAACUUGUAAGGUCUCAACAGUAUAUUUCAAUGAUCACUUAAAUGCAUUUGUUAUUGAGGAUGGAUUAGAUGUCUUUGCACUGACCUCUGUAGAUGACCUCGUGUACUAUAGACCUUAUGAUAGGCAAUUUUCAAAUGGCAUUGAUGACAAAAUGUACAUUGUCCCAUACUGUAAUUUUGUAUAACUUGUUUACUUGUGGUGUAUCUGAAUACAAAGUAUUUUGGAACGUUAAUGUCUUGUAUUUCUUUUGUAACUCCGUGAGCUCACAAGGUCAGAAAAGGAGUCCAGGAAUGGAUCUAAAGAAAGCAGCAGUA